AUGUUCCGUCUCCAGAGUGUAUUGCUCAUAGCACUGGAUGUAGUGAAGGGACCGUACAUACACUGUUAUGCCCCUGUGAAUCCCUUUGAGACUCCUUCACAGACCCACAAAAGUGAAGAUGUGAACAAUUAUGAUGUUUAUUCGAAUAAGAUGUAUGUUAGAGGUGGGGGUAUGAAUAAUAAUCAUAUUAACCAUUCUACUACAAAUAGUGCCUCAUCCCCUCAUGAGUCUUGUGCUUCUGAUCGUCUGAAUGGAUUUAGUGAUGUAUUUGUGCCAAGAUCUGAAUUCUGUCGUCGUGUUUUGUAUCUUUAUGAAGCCGAAUCCGGUUUAUUUUAUCUUUUCUAUCCUGAAGAGAUUGCGGGUGUACACUAUCAACGCAAGACCUUGCGUUACUCACUUUGUUUUGUCUUUGCGGUGGAUCCAUCACUGGUGACUAGUAAUGCCUUACUUACUGAACGACUGGUAAGACCAUAUAGUGUGGUGUUGACGAGUAUUAUUGGUGAACUGCGAGAGGCGGAGGAAUUGCAUGGAUAUAUGUCUCGUGGACUCGCCCGUACAGGGACGUUUUCAUGUUAUUCCUUUUCAUCUUUUCGCCAUACAAAACCGGAGAUGGAACUCUCAACGGAUACAACGGGUGGUGGACAUGCACAGCGAUGUGGAGAGAAUAAUAAUAAUAAUAAUAAUAAUAAUAAUAAUAAUAAUAAUAAUAAUAAUAAUAAUAGUAGUAGUAGUGCUGUGGAUUUACAUUCCUUUACCAUUCCUACAACUGUUGCCUCUGUUGGGAAUGGGAGUAUUAUGAAUACACCUACAGCAAGUACAGUGUUUGCCCCAAUGCCAACAAGUGAUGAUUUCGCAUCUCCAUCUAUUAAAGGGAUGACACGUGUGAAUGUCUUCUUAACACCAUUGCAGGAUCCCGCCGCUUUACAUUGGACACCAUUAGAACAAAUGAUUGAAACCUUAUAUGCAUGUUUGUCAUGUGAUGAGGCAGCCAUUAAGGUAGAAAGAGAAUCUACUAUAGAUAAUGGACAAUGUAUACCACAUAAAUCGAAACGAUCAUCCCAUCAUCAUUAUUAUCAUCAAGAAGAAGAAAAAGAAAAAGAAAAAGAAGAAGAACAACAACAACAAGAGCAAAUGUCAUUAAAGGAACGUAUUUUAUCUGUACGUCUUUCUGAAAUGCAUUCCUUUCAUGUAGGCCGCAUGGUCCAACCCCACCCACCACCCUCUCACUCAUUAGAUGAAGUGCCUAUUCCCAUUGCCGAGUAUUCACCGGAGUUAUUUGAAUGGGCGGAUUUAGCUGUACAUGAUGUGUUUAAAACUAUAGAUGGACAACGGACCAUUGCCAGCAUUGUACAUAUUCUCGCCACCGGCUAUGAGGCUGUGGAGGAGGAAGUCCAUAAACGAGAUCGUCUCUUAUCACCACUGAGUCCCGCACAAACGAUAACCUCACCGUUUUCAAUACCAUGUAUACCUAACUUUAUAAAUCUCCAAACAACAACAUUAUCAACAUCAUCCACAACAGCAACAGCAGCACCAGCAGUAGUAGUAGGAGGUGGGGGAUCAUUCUUAGCAGCGGCGGUAAAUGAAACGGACAUCGCCCAAAGUCCAUCACUAAAGUACGCCAAUCCUCAUCGAAUGUCUUCACCCGCAGUUCUUUCAGUUACGCAAGGCAAUGAGGCACGAAUUGUUUCACCACUUUCUAUUGGAUCACGAUCGUACACAAGUGUAUUAUCCACCAAUCCAAUGACACCAACAACAACAGCAACAACAGUCGCUGCAACCGCCGCGGCCGCAGCAGCAACAACAACAAGAAAUAAUACUACUAAUACUAAUAAUAAUAACACUAAUACUGAUAGUAAUAAUAAUAAUAAUAAUAAUAAUAAUAAUAAUAAUAAUGGAGUAGUGCAAAUAAAGGGACAUAGUUCGUUGCGGGUCUCAUGUGAUCGCCUAACAGAGGAUGCCAUCACUAGUUACCAUGAGGGGCAAACACAACCCUGGUGGGGUGAACUCGAACGCAUAGUGCUGGAAGCACUUCAACAUCUGGAAAUCAACAAUUAUGUCCGUAUAAUUCAUCCAUGCCGACUGCAGAGCGCAUAUACUGCAACAAAAGUUUUGUAUAGAGUACUAUGCAAUAGGGAUCACAGUGCACGCCGUAUACUUGGUCAUCGUAUGUGUCUUAUCGAAAAAAGGAUAUGGAGACUCCGAGAUAACAAAAAAAGAAGAGAGAAGAAUAGGACACAAGUUAAAAAAGAAGAAGAUCAACAAGGUAUAGUGUAUGAGAGAAAUAUCGAUUCAAUAGAGUCUAACAAAGGUUCCUAUCUUGUACAAUUGCCAACAGCACUAUUAAACAAAACAUCUCAAGAACAUGAUAACGGGUGUGAUACACUACAAGAAGAACGACAUGAUCCGUUAGAGUCUAACACUACUGGAUCUUCACUCACUUCUGAUUGUGAAAAAGAGGAUUUCCCUCCAUUGCUUUCUUCUCCCACAGCAUCACCAGCACCAAUAUUUCUUACUCAUACUGGAGAUAAUAUUUGUGAUAAGGAGAAAACACCACAGGAAGAUGAUGAUGUGCGUACAACUGUUAUAACUGAAAUAGAAGCAGAAACGGCGGCAGCAGCAGCACUCUGUGCAUUAGGCAAAUUUACCAACAAUACAGUAGAAAAUGUACAACGAGAGAUGCGCAAUAAUCCUAUAUGGUACAAUGCCUUUGCCGGAUGGCAAGAUGAGUGUUGUAAGAAAUUGGUAGAGAUCGCACUAAUCAAUGGAUGGCUGAAAGAAACCACUGGAUCUGCAUAUACCAGAUCAUAG